UCCAUUUAUAAAACAAAAUACAAUUAAUGUCUGUUAAUUUGACGUUCAAUAAAAUUUGUUAAUAACAAAAAAGCUAUUAUUACUCAAAUGUUUAAAUGCUUUUCCUAAACUUCUCCAAAUGAUUCCCAAAUUAUAUAAAAAAGAAUUAAAAACGUUCAAUUCGUCUGCUAACUUGACGGUGGUUGUAUUCCCACCAUGGUCUACACCAGGUCCAUCUGGUCCAUCGGCCAGUGUCUGACGGCGGGAACCAUAUUGAUUUUUCGCGAUGAUCGCCGAUGCCGCUGCUAGCUGCUACGGGCGCCACGGGCGGUGGUGCGCGGGCAGUUACGUGAUAGAUGGGUGAUGCUGAUGCCAUCAUUUUGCCAUCCCAUGCCAUAGCCAUCCUCCGCUGCUGCUGGUGGUGGCCGCCGUUUGCACGCUCUUGACGCCGUGCCCUAACGUAGGGGGGGGAGGGGGUGCGUGCUCGACGAGAACACUCGCGUGUCAAAGUCCCGUGGUGUGAUCCUGGUGGUGAUAUCGCGUGGUGGCCGUGCCCCCGUGACGUAGGCGUGGCGUUGUAAGACGAUGCCGUCGGAGCUCCGGCUUUGGCACCACCGCGGCCGCAACAUUUCCAUGGAAACGUAGAUGCGCGGCCUGGUGCGUGUGUGUUGUGUGUAUGUGCGUGUGUGUGCCGUAGGUGUGCAGCGCGCGUGGUGCGGGAGUGCCGGGAGCGCGAGCAUCAGCAGCAGCACCUCCGUAUGUUCGUUUCUCGUUCCCCGCACUAGUUCUCCGUCGACGCGCGCAGUGCUCUCCGCGUGAUGUCGCCCGUCCGCGAUUCGUCUGCCGCGCGCGGUUAGGUUAACCUCGCCGCGCGUUCGCGCCCAGUCGACGACGAAGAGAAGGAGGAGGAGAACACAGCCGUCGUCGCCCGUGCCUCGUGACUGGAUUAAGAGGCAGUACGGAGGACUCAAGUUUAAUCGAAGAGCCCGAAGAGCGAUCUUAGUGCUCGCAUGUCGUUGCCAUUAGAUUUUGUACAAUGAGCAGUUGGACAGAGAGAAUGCAUCGACGCGCUGCUACGUUAGGAAAUGUUGUAACCAGUUGCGGACAUCCCUCCUCAGAGCCUCCGCACCCAAGACGUCUGGAGAAGGUCAAGUUUGGUGCACCCUUGAACGAAGUAUGCAAGAAUGAUAUUCCUGGCCCAUUACUGGUUCUUAUAUUGAAAUUGAACAAGGAAGCUCCGCACAGAAAAGAUAUCUUUCGGGCGCCUGGCCAUCAAGGUAACAUGAAAAAACUAGUGCACUUCCUGCAGACCGGACACCUGGUUAACAUGGACAAUUUUAGCGUUUACACGAUAGCCAGCGUUCUGAAGAAGUUCUUGCGUAAGAUACCCGGUGGUAUAUUCGGCAAGGAAGCGGAGCAACAACUGUUUGCCAUAAUCCAACUAGAUAGUGUAGAACAACAACGGGACCAGAUACACAGAUUAAUUACCUCGAUGCCAAUAUACACUCAACGGUUACUGGUGCUGUUGUUUGGAACAUUCAGAGUAGUAGCGGUGAAUUGCGAGCGGGCGCACACGGGGAUGACCAGUGAAGCUCUAGGGGUGUCCGUGGCACCGUCGUUUUUUCACAGUUGCGUCAGCGACGGCAAGACGGCCAAGAUGGAGGAUGUUCUCAGAUUUAAGAUUGCCACACGUAUUACCAAGUUUAUGAUAGACAAUUUUGGCGUUUCUAAUCUAUUCGGAAGGGACAAUUACGAGUAUUAUGCGCGCAUAACUGGUCGGAUAUUGAAGGUGGAGGAAGAUUGGAUCUUCAGUUUCCGAUAUCCGCCAGAUACUCUAGUAUCGAGACAACUGUCGCUGGAGGCCGAAAAGUCGUGGUUGCAAUACGAAUGCGAAAAAUGGGGAUUAAAGUUCAAUUUAGAAUGUAUGUCUCACCAAGAAGAGUCGCAAUCAACUCCGGCAUUGAUUCACGUACCGGAAACUGUGAAUCUCGCGUCUUCAUUAGGCAUGAUCCCGGAGAACACCUUGCUAGAGAGUUAUACGCGCCUCUCGGUUAGCUUAGAAGAAAACGGUUUGUUUCAGAUGCCCAGUCGUUCAUCGAGUAAUGGCAGUCAGCAUUCUAAGCGCGGAAUGGCGGGGAUGACGCUGGAGGAGCUUCGCGCGGUGAAUCGUUACGCCGAGAGCACCAAGAGUCUUAGUUAUCUCCCACAGGUUCACGAGAGGCAGGCCGCACGGAUGCGAACUAGAUCUGAAUGGUUUCUCACGCCCAUAGUUGCUACGGACAGCGAUCCCACGGCGAUACACAUUUUACGUGGUUCCAAUCGGUCUUCUUCUGGCAAUAUCGCCACGGGUUUGAGCGCCAGCGCGGAAUCGGUGAAGCGGCCGAGUCUUCGAAGAACAGCUUCCAGGGAGAAGCAACGCUGGCAUCGCAACUCGUCCCGUCGCAAUAAGGAGAACGGUACUAAAGGAGCUGGCCGCUCGGCGACUGCAGCAGCGGCAGCGGCAGUAGUGACGGAGGCAUCUAAAUCGCGUUCCUUGGAGACAAUUAAGACCGUGAAGAUUGUGCGCGUAAUGGCGGCCGAUCAGCAACAGCAACCGCAGCUGAUGGCAACCGAAAAGAUGUUGGCCAGCAGUCAGAACGAGAUCUUUGAGGAGCACGCGAGCAAGGAGACGCGCGUGCCAUCGCGCGCCAGCGGUGACGGUGUCAUCGGGCCGCAGGAUUGCACGGAGAUGGACGUGAAAACAUUCCACGUCACUCUCACGUACAAGCCACGGAUAUAAACACAAUUUUUUUUAUUUUUUUUAAAUAUUUUAUUAUCAGUUUUCUCUCUCUCUCUCUCUCUUUCUCUUUCUUUCACGCUUUUUUUUUUAAAAUGUCGGAACGGUAUUAUCUCUCUCGCGUGAAAUACGUACGUUUGUUGUUACCCUAAAUAUUAUACAUAUAGGCAUAUGAACUCUUGGAUGAUAAUUUUAUCCUAACGUCGACGCUUAGGAAUAUAUCAAGUUUAUCUCGUUCGAAUAUAUAUGAUCUUUUUUUCUUUGUUUUUUUUAAAUUGUAAUACUGAUACUCAUAGGAGUAUCGUACACACGGAAUAUCUUUCUCGCGUAAAAUUACGUAUAUAAACACAAAUUUAUUUAUUUUCGCCAUAUAGUAAUUCAAAUAUUCAUUAUUCGUCGUUUUAAGGGAUAGUCGCGAAAUUUUAUCGUUUUUCCAUGUAAUCGAUCGAUCGUUCAUUUAUUGAUCGAGUUACACUGAUGGAAGGAUGGGUUGCACGAGAACACGAGCUCUUGAUUUAUUAUUCCAUUGAAUGUGCCGGUUUAAUUUCGGUCAUUCCCGCAUAACAGACACUGUAUCGUGGCAUUCCAGACGCAUUUACUCUUGCCCCCCGUCCCGCGAUAUUUUAACGAACUUCCCUUCGCGUUUUCUACGUACUCGAUAAUUUUCGACUGAUCGAGACGAAAUCUUCACGCGAAUCGUAUCCACCGCCACUUGUGUGUAUUUAUUCCAAUAUUCUACUUUAGAAAUACGACUUAUAGACACUCAAGAACUUAUCCCAUCGAUCAAUCAUCGCGUGACUAACAGCGUAAUACGUAUACACAGUGUUCCACGACGUGUCUUUGACCUGUGAAUACACUCUUGACUCUCGUAAAUUUCUUCUUUAAUAAAAAACGCGCGAUAUUCUUUAGGAAUUGCAUGCGAAGAUGAAUCACGCGCAAGCUAAACUUUAAGUUCGCGAUUAGACAAUAAGAUCUUAUUCUCUACGUUUAAAUGGAAAUGGAUCUUUAAUUAAAAAAAAAUUAUUUAAGACAUGGAGAUAAAAAUGAUAAAAAUCAUAACGUGUGAAAGAAGUUAAUAUUCAAUGAAACAUUUUUUCAUAAGAAGAGCUCAUAAACGCAGCUUAUUAGACACGUCAUGCAGGAUGUUGUGUGUCAAAAAAGAGGAUUCGAUAGAUUUUGGUAUUUACGCGAGUUCUCUUUCGUCGGCGACGCGUUAACGAUCGCAGUUGCUAAUAUAUAUACAUAUAUACGCACCGUCACGGUUGUUACAUGCCAAAUUAGUAGUACAUGAUAAGCUAUACUUGUAAGACAUCGAUUAUAGAAACGUUAUGGUCGUAUUGUCGCGUGUUACGUUACAAAAAUCGUUAAUAACUAGGGCAGGACGAGUUGACAGAAACAUUUUUUAAGCGCUGCACUUUGGAUUCAAAGACACUCAAGAAAAGGUAUGUAGAGUAUAUGAUCAAUUGGAGGGCGCGAAUGGUUAAUUCUAUUAUUUAAUUAUAUUUAUAAUCAAUUAAUCAAUUUCUAUGUAAAUAUUAAAGUUGACGAAUUUUAUGUAGUAUUAGAAAUAAGAACCACCUAAGCUGAGUUCUACAUAUUUUUAUUUUCUAUCUCCGAAUGCGAGGGGAGAGAUGUUUAAAGAAUUUGCGUCUGUCAACUCGUUCUGUGUACAGAAUGAACUACCGUAUAAGACGCUGCUUGAUAUUACUUUCAUCUGAAGCAAACAACUAUGAAACGAGAGAUAUUUAUCAUCAUAAAUACGUAAGAAGAAAAAGGAAAAGAACGGUAUACAUAUAACGACAUGUUACACAACGAAAGUGUUUCAAAUAAAAGUAUAUGUAGCGUAAACGAGAUGGGAAUCGUGCGCGGCGGACUUUCCGAGAGAUGGCGAUCGAAUAAACCAAUCGCGCGACCGAUCUCAAAGGGAUUAGCGAUAAAUAUGGUAAUAUUACGGAGAAAUAUACAGAAAUAUGAGCGGUUGUGACGGAGACGGAUUCGUUUGGGUCUUCUCUGUCUCUCGCAACCGCAGAGCCAUUUUCAAGCCGUCUUAAACCCACGUUCGUCGAUAAUUAUUUAAAAAAUAUACAUACAUUAAAAUUGUGUAUAAUAUGGUGACGCGUAUAAAGCCAUGGAGAUUUUGCAAUGAGCGUACGAUUUCUAUUAAAAGGAGAAAAAGUGGGAGGUGAAUGAAUUUAAGAUGGUUCGGAGAUGGGCUGUUCAAUCACUUCUCCCGCGAAGGCCAUUACGCAAAUUAAUUAAUAUAUUUAUAAUUAAAACGUAUAUAACGUGUAAAUAUUGAAUACCAAAAAUGUAAAGUUAUUAUAUAUAUUGGACGUAAUAUAUAUACACAUAUUAUAUAUAUACAUAUAUAUAUAAUAUAUAUGCAAAUGUAAAACGCGUGAAAGUAUGCAUGUAUGAUCGUGUUGAAUGUUCGCCGCAUCGAAUCGUCGGUUAAAUGUACUCGAUGUGUCAUUUUGCAACUGGAGGGAUGACGGCGGGGGGGAGGAGAGGACGAGAAGGAGGGAGCCGCGGCCCGCGCGUAGUGGAUUCAGGUGCCGCCGAGCAGAGGGAAGAAGACGCAGGCCCAGACGAGAAGACACGCGAUUAGGAAUAGCAGCAGCCUCGUGCGAAAGCUGUCCCAGCCGACCACGAUCACCCUCGGUGGCGCGCGUCUUUCCGUCGCCGCGGAGAACUAAAAGAAACACGCACAAUCGCACAGUCGCACUCGUCUGACGGGGAAAGGAAAAAAAAAAAAGAAGCGCAUACGUAAAUGGGAAAUGAACAAAAAAAUAGAUCACACGUUGUCGCCCGGUUGCUCCUCCUCGUUCUCGUCGUCAUCAUCGUCAUUGUCAUCGUGGUCAUCCCGCAAUUUCCACGCGCUCGGAUGCUGUCGCAUCGGGUCCGUCUCUCGAUCCCGCGUGUUCGUCGACGACGUCUGCAGUUGCUGCUGCGACCGCGACUGUGGCUGCGGUUGUGGCUGCUGCGACUGCGGCUGCAGCUGCGGUUGUAGCUGCAGCUGCGAUUGCGGCUGUGGUUGAGACUGCUGGCUACCGAUCGUUUCGAGUCGCCUUUCGUUCUUGACAACGUCGUCGUCGUCUACCGCGGAUCGCGAUUCGCCGAGCCCGUUGCCGUGUGGUUGUCUCGCGAGAUACAUGCUCGAUUAUGCGCGCGCAGUCAUAUUUUUUUACCAACGACAAUUUCAUCCCGUAAGAGAGAAGGGAACUUGUUUUCGUUUACAGAGAGCGAGAGGAGAGAGAGAGAGAGAGAGAGAGAAAAAAAUUCUUUUUUCCAAAAUGCGAAGUGUCUGUGUAACUCUCUCGUGGUCCAUGACAUCUAAAUUGAUCUAAUUUAUUCCCCCUUCUCUCCUACGUCACUACGAUCAUAUUUUGAGAUCCUCGCCUAUUACAAUCCCGGCCAAAAAAGAAAGAAAA